AUGGUUUUUUGCUAUGGUUCCUUGAUCAGAGGUCUCUACUUCACCAACACAGUUUGCCAAGAAAUUGAAACCAGUGAUGGCGAGAGAAGCUCGGAGAAGAAGAAACUUGUUAUCACAUUCCUUCUAGCGACUCUCGGGUUUUUGAUCGGUUAUGUACCUGGUGUGGCUUUCAACAUUGUUGUUGUAUUUCAGACCAACGCGAAUAUAGAUAUCAACCUGUGCUCUCAUCUCCAGAAUGCGUUUUAUUUUAUGUUUAGCUGCAGUCUAUGUUUAAAUCCACUUGUUUACGCUUUUCGAAGUGCCCACUUUAGAGAGGGCUUCAAACGCGUUCUAACGACUUGUUGGAAGCAAACUCCACAGGAUGACGACAUUCACUGA